AUGGAGACUCGCUGGCCUUUGAAGAGAUCCAGAACAACCCACAAAUUCAAGAGUGGAUUGUCACUGUGGCUGAUCCUGUGGCUGGUAGUGGUAAAACCCAGCAGUGUGGCUGCAUGCCCCAGGCUUUGUGUGUGUUAUCCUACGCCCAUGACAGUCAGCUGCCAGUCCCAGAACCUGACCAUCGUUCCGGCCGGUGUGCCGUACGACUCACAACGUGUGUUCCUGCAGAACAAUCGUAUUACAGAACUCCGCGCGGAUUCUUUUGGCUUUGAAACACAGGUGCUUUGGCUUUAUGGCAAUAAUGUCACAUGGAUUGAGGCUGGAGCCUUUAGUAACCUGAGGGUGCUUGAGGAGUUGGACCUGGGAGACAAUCCCACAUUGAGACGUCUAGAAGGUGGAGCUUUUCGGGGGUUGGAGAAGCUGCAGAGUCUGCACAUGCACCGAUGCAAGCUUGGCAUGUUACCCCACGACCUCUUCCACAAGUUGUAUAGUCUCCAGUUUCUCUACUUGCAGGAGAAUCAACUCCACUUUCUGCAGGAUGACCUGUUCACAGAUCUGGUCAACCUCACCCACCUAUUCCUCCACGGCAACCGAAUUCGAGUCCUAACUGAGAAUGUGUUCCGAGGUUUGGUUAAUCUGGACCGCCUACUUCUCCACGAAAAUCGAAUCAGGCAGGUCAACCGUCGCGCUUUCCGCGACCUUGGCCGCGUCUCCAUUCUUUACCUUUUCAAUAACUCCCUUGCCGAGCUGCCAGGCCAGGCUAUGAGAGACACCCAGGGUAUUAACUUCCUCCGUCUCAAUGGUAACCCUUGGUCCUGUGGCUGCGAGGCCCGUUCAUUGUGGGAGUGGUUCCGCAAAUCCCGCAUUUCCUCCUCUGAGCUGAUCUGCUCCUCGCCAUCCCAACGUCGCGGGCAAGAUCUCAGAUUCCUCCGGGAGCUGGACUUUGCCCUCUGUCCCAUGCCUGACCCCGGCUCCUUAGCCGGAACCACCACAACCACCUUCAGCACCAAGACCCGCUGGUGGUUCUCCAAGAACAAGCCUGCGUCAUCCUCCAAGGUCAAUAACCACAAGACCACAGACACAGUGAAGUCAUUCCCUCUAGGAAAACCAAAUUAUUUCCCCAAAAGCCAGUUUGACACAUUUCCUCCCAAAUAUGAACUAUCAGAUGAUGAAAUGGCUCUUCCUAAACUCGACCAAGAAGAGUACUGGGCCAACUAUGGCAACGAAGACGGCGCCAUCCGUUGCUUUGAGCCCGACUGCUACGACAAUCCAUCUUUUGUGUCGUCAUUCUCAUCCUCUGCCACCCAUCCAGCCCUCCUACACCCUUUCUCUUUCUGCAUACUCGCUUUCUGCCUUUAUUUACUUUUUGGCUGA